AUGGAAGCAGCUACGGAAGUUGCGGAGACGGCAGCCGUGGCGCCUGGCCUGGGAGACCUCCUGGACGCGGGGGACAGCGCCGUGGUGACGCUGGUGGCGGGCGACACCAGGCUGGCGGCGCACAGGGCCGUCCUCGCGGCCAGGAGCCCCGUGCUGGCAGCCAGGUUCCAGCACGACACGCCGCACGUCACCAUCACGGACGCGGAGGGCCCGGUGCUACGCCAGCUGCUAGCCUACUGCUACACCCUCCAGGCCCCGCAGCUGCCCAGCAUGGCUCCCCAACUGCUGGCAGCUGCCGACAAGUACGGCUUGUCGGGCCUGAAGGACGCGUGCGAGCAGCAGCUGGCCGCACGGCUGCACGUGGAGAAUGCGGCGACCACGGCUGUGCUCGCGCUGAGCCACUCUUGCUCCAGGUUGAAGGAAGCCGCUGUCGCGUUUAUAAAAACCCACACCUACGAGGUGGUGAUGACGCAGGGCUGGGCGGAUGCUGUGGUCAGCCACCCUCAGGCUGUUGUGGAGUUAACUUGCCUGAUUACAGAGCCACCUGCACCAAACAGGUAUGCACAUACACAAUAG